AUGGCAACUAACGGCGCCAACGGAGUCGGUGACUCACGGCCGAUCUUCUUUUUUGAUAUUGACAAUUGCCUCUAUUCUAAAGCCUGCAACAUCCAUGAUGAGAUGCAGGCAUUGAUCAAUAAAUUCUUUGUCAAACACCUCGACCUCAAUUCGGACGAUGCCCAUAUGCUGCAUCUGAAAUACUACAAGGAGUAUGGGCUGGCCAUUGAAGGACUCACCCGCCAUCACAAGAUUGACCCUCUCGAAUUCAACUACGAAGUCGAUGAUGCUCUACCGCUUGACAACAUCCUCCGGCCUGAUCCCAAGCUGCGUGAACUACUGGAGGACCUGGACACAACCAAGGUGAAGCCAUGGUUGCUCACCAAUGCCUAUGUUAAUCACGCAAAGCGCGUGGUGAAGCUUUUGGAUAUCGAGGACCUUUUUGAGGGCAUUACAUAUUGUGACUAUGGAAAAGUGCCUUUGGUUUGCAAACCAAGUCAGGAUAUGUAUGCCAAAGCGGAGAAGGAAGCUGGUGCUCCCAGCACAGAUCAGUGCUAUUUUGUCGAUGACUCGCAUUUGAAUUGUGUACAUGCACAUGCUCGGGGUUGGACUACAGCACACCUGGUUGAACCGGGUGUUCCCAUGCCAGCUACGCAGGCAUCAAAGUACACGAUCUCAAGCCUUGAAGAACUCCGAGUUCAUUUCCCUCACGCUUUCAAAGAGAAGAGCAAAAGCAAUGGCGCAUGA